AAUAAAAUGGCCAAACAACAAGUUCGCCCCAAAUCUCAGUCUUCCAUUCUGCACACAUACACACAUACACAAUGCGCCACCACCACCACCACCAUCACCACCACGGGUUUGCACACCACCGUCGAUGCGCGUGCAUUGGCCUGUGCACCUGCAACAGCGUCGGUGCCGGGUUGCUGAUUGGCGGCGCUGCGGUCGUUGCCGGCGCUGCACUCGUCAAUGCCGCAACGCAGCCACAGCGCAACGUCGUGGUCGUGCAGCAGACCCCGUCGCCCGCCCCAGUCACAACAACCUACCGCACAACCACCACCACGACCACCGUCUCGCCCAGCCCUUCGACCCAAGUCGUCACCCAGGUCGGAUACCAGGCACAGCAACCGUAUCCAGCAGCGUACGGCGGUUACCCUCCUGCACCGGCUGCAGCUGGAUACCCGAUGCCACAGCCACCCGCUGGAUAUGCUCCAUCGCCCGUCGGAUACCCACCGCAGCAAGGCGGAUACCCACCGCAGCAAGGCGGAUACCCACCGCAGCAAGGCGGAUACCCACCUCAGAGUGGAUACCCGCCUCAAAUGCAAAACGCUGCUGCGCCCCCGUCGUACUCGCCCGUUGACUCGCGCCCUCUGCCUCCGGGUUGGGAGGCCAAGGUGGAUCCCUCUGGUCGCACCUUCUACUUGGAUCACAACACAAAGACGACCUCUUGGAACGAUCCUCGCAAUGCGCCAUACAAGAUUUGAGCAGCUUUCUUGAACUGACAGCCUUUCCUUUACCGAGAGGAGUGUUUGUAAAGUGCGCGUGCAUCUUUUGGUGUCCCUCUUGUUAGCUUGUGCAGAUUGAGUAUCAUCCCAAUAAACUUGUGCGUUGACAAUUGCUGGA